GCUGUCCCUGCCCUGUCCCCGUCCCUGCCCCUGCCCUGUCCCCGCUCCAGCCUUUGCGCAAGGCACCCUCCUCACACGCAGCUGGCACCUGGAGUCCCACAGCUGUCCCAGUGUCCCACAGCUGUCCCGGUGGUGUCCCACAGCUGUCCUGGUGUCCCACAGCAGGCCCGGUGCUCUCCCGGGCCAGCGCCGUGUCUGGGGACAGCCGUGCAUGGAGGGACCGCUGCCCCGGGGCCCUACAGCAGCUGGGGAGCUCCUGCCGCAGCAGGGAUGUCCGAGACCUCCAGCAAGGAGGGUGCCCCGGCAGAGUGCCCCGUGUGCUACGAGAAGUUCCAGCCCCUGGAGGCCACGCACCGGCGGCUCAGCUGCGGCCACACCUUCUGCCAUGACUGCCUGGUGAAGUGCCUGCUGUCGGCCAAGUUGGAUGGGCACAUCCAGAGCAGCAUCAUCUGCCCUGUGUGCCGCUACGUCACCUUCCUCAGCAAGACGAAGGCUCUGUGGCCACCCAGCACCAACCCCCAGACCCUGGAGAUGCCUCUGUCACCGUCCUCCUUAUCCCAGCUGGCCAAAAGCCAGGCCAGCAACACGCUGGUUGUGCCCAGCCACUUCGUGCUGCCGGUGCAGAGCCUGGAGUGGUGCUCCCAGGCGCUCCCGGGGGUGCUGGCACGGGAAGCUCACAUCUUUGUCAUCAGCGACCACGGCAUGCCCCUGGUAGCCACGGACUGCGGCUCCCUGGGCAGGAGGAGCAGGGCAGACACGGCCAGCUCGGUGUCAUCCAGCCCUGCCCUGGGGCUGCAGUGCUGCCAGUCCCCCAUGGCCCUGGCCGUGAUGCUCGUGCUGACCGUGGCCAUGCUGGCAGCUGUGCUCCCGUGGCUACUGCUGGUCAGGAGGGACUUGUAGCAGGGAUGGGACCAGCCGGGACACCAGAGUGGUGUCACCAGGGCUGGGACACCAGAGUGGUGUCACCAGGGCUGGGACACGGCUGGGACGCCAGAGUGGUGUCACCGGUGCAGGGACAGAACUGGGACACUGGAGUGGUGUCACUGGUGCUGGGACAUGGCUGGGGCUGGAGCCUCUCUCAGAAGGCUCCUGCAGAAAGUCCACAAACAGCUUCGGGUGAAGAUCUCUCGUCUUGCCAGGGACUGAAUGGAGCUUUCAGACCUUCCUGCAGAUCUCCAGGUGUUCACAGUGUCACUGGUGGCAUUUUCUGUCCCUUUUGGUUAAAAUAUGGCAGGACAAACCCUGCUGGGGGCUUCUUCCAGGGUCUCUGUGGAGAGGAUCCUCCUGCACCUUGUGACAGCCCCUGCAGGGCCUGAGGGAGCCGUGCUGCUCCUGCCCAGCUCUGGCUGUGGCACCGGGCACAGCCAGGGGCUCUGGGGGUCAGGGCUGCCAGGUGUGGGGCUGCUGGAGGUCCCCAAGCUCCCAGGACAUCAGGAUCAUGGUGAAGCAGCCAGACUGGAGCAGAAACUCACGGCUUCCAUCCCAGGGAUGGAGAAAUCAGAGCCUGCAGCUGCCGGGCACGAGGGCAGGGAAACCAGAGCAUGGAGAGAGUGGUGCUGGCCCUGCUGAGCUCACCUUCCCCUCUGCCAGCCUCCCUGCAGUGCCAUGGGGUGGGAAGGGAGGCCAGCUCAUCCCACAGGCAGUCCCAGCCUCCCUCAGCUCCCUCUGAGCUCCCCAGGAUGGUGGCUCCUCCUUUUGUCACAGCACCCCUCCUGCCAGGGCACCCAGGGGCAGGGGUUGGGAGUAAACCCAAGUUUAAGGGGGCAGAUUUGGGAUCCCACCCUGCUGUCCUUGCUAGAGCCCUGUGGCAGAGUGACAUUUCCUUGUCCCUGUAUCCCACUCUUGAGGUCUCACAGCCAGGGGCACAUGUUCACCUGUGCCAAACAGGCUGGGCACUGCUCAGCCCCCCAGACCUCCUGGCUUUGCCCUCUUUGGGACUGCUCCACCCCAGUGUCAGCCCCCAGCCCAAGGCCUGCUUUUGGAGGGCAGUGUGCAGCAGGGAGGCACAGCUGGGACUUGGGAAGCUCCGAGCCUGCUCUCAGGGAAGGGAGAAAAUGGGUUGCUGGACACCCCUGCUGGUGCUGGGGUCACUCAUGGCAUGUGUCCCCAGCCCAGUCUGCAUCUCCAUCACCUUUGUCCCCCUGACCCAGUCCCUGGCCCUGUAGGUGCUGCUCUCACUCUGUCACCUGGAAAUAUGUCACUUAAUGGGCACCCCAAUGUGAGCAGGACACCCUCACUGUCACCCCAGUGUGAGCAGGAUGUCCUCACUGCCCCCCCGGGAGGUGACAGUGGGGUACAGAGCUGGCACAGGGUUCCCAUGCUCCCAAGGGAGGGACAAACACUGCCAACAGUGCCACUGCGGUGGCUUUGGGACCAGACAGAACUUUCCAGGGCAACAAGUAAGGACAGCUUGUGGCUGGGAAGGGGGAGCAGCGUGGGGCAGAGGUGUCCCAUGCCAUCUCUGGGGUCACAGCUGGGGACACUGCCCUGCUGGCCUGCUGCCCCCUGUGAUGUUCCUGCACUCCCCCAGCCCUGUCCCAGUGUCCCCACCAAACCCGGGUGCCGUGACCCUGACCCCUGUGUGCAGCACUGGGGAAAAGUGCCUGAGGCACAGCACUGGAAUGGAAACCCUGUUU